AUGGCGGCCUCCACCAGAAUCCCUUCUCUCAUCCAGCCGUUCGUCAGCGAGCGCGCCAGAAAGACCCUGGACAUUGUUGAAGAAUUCGUUGAGAAAGAAUGUAUCCCCAGAGACACCCUCUUCCAGGCUCAGCUGGGCGAAGGCCAGGCUAGAUUCACCAAGCAUCCCCCAGUCAUAGAGGAGCUUAAGGAUAAAGCGAAGAAACUCGGUCUAUGGAAUAUGUUCUUGCCAAAAAACCACUUCAAGGAGGGUGCUGGCUUCACCAACGUGGAAUAUGGAUUGAUGGCAGAGCUGCUCGGAAAGAGCCGAGUUGCCAGUGAGGCUACAAAUAAUGCUGCUCCUGAUACUGGUAACAUGGAGGUUUUGGCCAAGUAUGGAAACGAGGCUCAAAAGAGAGAAUGGCUCGACCCUCUGCUAGAAGGAAAGAUACGCUCUGGUUUCUUGAUGACCGAGCCAGAUAUUGCAUCGAGUGAUGCUACAAAUAUCCGACUUAACAUCCGGCGUGAGGGCAAUGAAUAUGUCCUGAACGGAGAGAAAUGGUGGUCCUCUGGUGUCGGUGAUCCAAGAUGCAAGCUGUAUCUUGUUAUGGGAAAGACCGAUCCCAACAACACAGAUCCAUACAAGCAGCAGUCGGUCAUUCUAGUUCCUGCCGGAACCCCAGGUGUCACCAUCCACAGAAUGCUGCAUGUCUAUGGCUUUGAUGAUGCUCCUCACGGCCAUGGACAGGUUUCUUUCAAGAAUGUCCGUGUACCUGUCUCCAACAUUAUCCUAGGAGAAGGCCGUGGCUUCGAAAUCAUCCAAGGCCGUCUGGGACCCGGACGUAUCCAUCAUGCUAUGCGUGCACUUGGCGCAGCUGAACGAGCCCUGGAGUGGAUGAUUGCUCGUGCCAACGACGAAAAUAAGAAGCCAUUCGGCACUCCGCUCUCUUCUCACGGUGUCAUCCUUGAAUGGAUUGCCAGAUCACGCCUUGAGAUUGACUCUGCUCGUCUGAUUGUUCUUAACGCUGCUGCUCGCAUCGACAGCGCUGACGCCAAGGCUGCACUCAAGGAGAUAGCUGAGGCAAAGGUCCUUGCACCUCAGGUAGCUCUCUCUGUUAUUGAUCGUGCUGUGCAGGCUCACGGUGCUAUGGGAGUGUGCCAGGAUACACCCCUUGCCAGUAUGUGGGCAAACAUCCGCACGCUUAGAAUCGCUGAUGGCCCAGACGAGGUCCAUCUCCAGCAAAUGGGCAAGCGUGAGAACAGACAAAGGAAGGAUUCCACUAUGGCUAAGAUCAAGGCUCAGAGGGCAGAGUCUGACAGGUUGUUGAAUGCUAACGGAUUUGGUGCCCUCAAGGGACGUUUGUGA